AUGGCUAGAGGACCAAAGAAACAUCUUAAGAGACUAGCAGCUCCAAACCACUGGUUGUUGGACAAGCUGACCGGCUGUUAUGCCCCAAGACCUUCUGCCGGUCCACACAAGUUGCGUGAAUCUCUACCUUUGAUCGUCUUCCUAAGAAACAGAUUAAAGUAUGCCUUGAACGGUCGUGAAGUCAAGGCCAUCCUGAUGGAAAGACACGUACAAAGUGGACGGUAA